AAGUAAAUAAAACUUAUUCACGCAUGUCAGCUGCAGCUGUUGUUGCUGCCGGUACUCCGGUAGUCUAGAAAACCUUUUUAUUUUAAUCGUGUUGACAAACAAAGCAGUGUUUGAAUUUUGAAUAUUCCACCAUAAUCGUCCAUAUCGUUUGUAAAGCUUAUAUUAUAAUGAGUGUCGCACGACCGCUGCUGUAAUAGAGAAAAUCUUGCUUAAAAAUUCGUCGAUUUCUUGAGGAUCGUAUAACACACAUAUGAAAAGUGUCGGACGUUGAAUAAGGUGUUGUUAGACGAAAGUGUAACAAUCGAUGACCGAUUUAGGAUCCAGCCGGUCUAAACCGAGUCCGGUAUUCUAUUUAUAGCCAAUCCAGGCCGUUCUUAGUUUUCACAGCGACGCUGGUUGUCUAUACAUCUACGCGACAUAAUGGCGACUUUAUUGGGUAUCCAACUAAUUAUUACAAUGAUUGCCAUAAAUUUGAUACACCGUCUUAGUGCAAUUUAUUCAUUUGCCCGAUGGACAUUGUGUUCAACAGGGCUAGUUCGGUACUUACAUCCAACAGACAAAGAACUUAGGCAGUUAUUAGGUUUAAAGAAAAAAGAUUCAAAACAAAAUAAACGACCUAUUAAUGGGCAAAAUGAUAAUAUUGAUAUAUUUCAGAUACCUAAAAAUCUAGCUAUUGAAUUGGAAAGCCAACCUAUUCAAGAACAUGAAUUAUUUCAGCUUAGAUAUUUCAUGGAAUAUCAGUGGCUCGCAAAUUUUUCUUUAUACGCAGCUUUGGUAUACUUAAGUACUGAAAUAUAUUCUUACUACUCUCCAAUUGAAAAUGAAAUUAAUCUGAGUAUGCUGUGGUGUUCAAUUGUUAUAGUUUUUGCAUUCAAAAUCCUUAUGUCUUUAACUUUAGAAUAUUUUCGUGGUGGUUUUGAAUCUUCUGGUGAACGUUCAACAGUUAUUGUUGGUGCUUUUGUUUAUUUAGUUAUUGCUAUGAUAGUUUUAGUCAUUGACGAAUCUAAACUUGAUGUACGAUUGGAUACUGCAUACAAAAGCUUUAAUGAAAGCUCCACAGAGUUUUUACAUAAUCAUGGUCUAUCUUCACAGGGACCUGCCUCAAAAUUAAUAGUAAAAUUUUGUCUUGCUAUAUGGUGUGCAGUGACAGGUGCAAUGUUUGUAUUUCCUGGAAUCCGUUCAGCCAAAAUGCAAUGGGAUUGCCUGAAAUAUUGUAAAUCCAAUGAAACAAAUGCCAAAUGUUUGCAUUACAGCGCAAGAUUUACUAAAAGUAUAAUGAAUUUUAGUUUAGUAACUCAUUUUUUACUUGUUCUACUUUGGGUAAAGCCUAUAGGUGUAGAUUUGUUUACUGCAAAAAAUACUUCUGGAUCAAAUAAACCAUUGAUGACAAUUGAACAAUUUGAAAGUUUAAGAUGUUGGGCUGUAGUAUUUGUCGUAUUCCAAAGACUAUUUUUGAUGCCCAUAUUCAUACAAGCUUAUCUAAACAUGGCUCAAGAGCGUUUGAUACAACAAAAAAAAGAAGCUGGACGAAUUACCAACAAAGAUUUGCAAAAACAAGUGUCUGUGAUUUUUUACUAUACAUGUGUUGUAGUGCUACAAUAUAUUAUACCACUUGUAAUGAUGUUGUUCUUCAUAUUCUUUUAUAAAACAUUAGGCAAUUUUAGUUGGCUCCAAGUUUUUACCAAUUCUUCCUCAACAAUAAUUAAUAAUACUCAAAACUCAAUACUUGAACCAAAUAUAACAUAUUUUUCUAUUCAGUCAUUAAAACAAGUAUUAACAGUGGAUGUCUAUAGAGGAAUAUUUGGAUUUGCUACAUGGUGGAUAUGUUUUGCAUGGUUUCUGUCUCUUUCAGUUGGUGUAUUUUAUCAGUCUUAUUUGUCAUCAAAUUAACUGCUAAUUCCAAUUGCUAUUAAAAUUGACUAUUUAAUUAAAAGAAUUAAUACACAAUAAUUAUUAUGUACUAAUUUAUUUGUAAUUUUUGUAUUAUUAAAAAUGUAGGUAUUUACAAUUUGUAAAAUUAAUGGUAGAUUAAAAAACAUGAAGAUUUAAGGGACACAUCUAGUGAGUUUUAUUGUAAUGACUGAAGUAUAUAACUUCAAAGUGCUUGAAAUAAAUUAAAUUAUUUUUUGCGGUGAUA